GCCGGUGCCAUUGUGCUGGCAGCCGCCGCGGGUGCGGAGCGGAGCGGAGCGGGCGCGGCCGCGUGUAAAUCAAUGGGGAAGCCCCGGCGGCCGCAUCGAUCCGGGGCGGCCUGAGCUGGGAGCCCCCGGGCGGCCCCGCCCGGCCCAGCCCGGCCCGGCCCCGCCGUUCCCCCGCCGCGGUCUCGGCUCCCACGCUGAGAUGAUCCCUCCGUGCUCCUCCCGCCUCCAUCGCCAUGGACACCCCCUCUAACUCGGCCUCCUCCUCUUCCUCCACCCCCGGCGUUGGCCCACCUGGCCAUGGGCAGGAUGCCCGGCCCCCUCAGGACCCCGCCACCAAAGAACCCCCCCUCCCAGAUGCCCCCGCCUCCCCGCCUGCCCCUGCCGAGCCCCUGAGGCCCAGUCCCGCUGGCCUCCCAGCGGCCAUUUUGUCUGCCCCGCUACUCCCAGCAGGCUUCGGCAUAACGGUGCCGAACCCCUCCCUUGCAACACCCCCCGGAGACACCGCCGAAGAGGAGAGAGAUGAUGAUGCUGAUGAGGAGGAAGAUGAGGAAGACAGAGGCAGAACGGCUUAUCUGCUCUUCUCCCCUGAUGGCUCGGCCUACGUCUUUGCAGACAGCCACGUUCUCUUACCAAAGGGCUACCCCGGCGCCACGGCAACCCUGCCGGUGACCACCCUCCACGUCCAACAUGGCGGCUCCAACCAAGGCUUUAUGUCUGUUGACCAAAUGUCCCAGAAUACCUCAGCGCCGGGCGAGCAGCUCCCACCCGGCGCCUUCCGCAGCUACCGACUAGCCGGGGCCUCCGCUCCCACCACCCCUGCCAAAAACUUUUCCACCGAACCCAAAGAUGCCGCUGCCGACAUGGAGGGGGAAGCCAAAGCUGGGCCAGAUGGAGAACCAACGCGGCCUUCCAUGUGGCUGUGCCUGGUUUGCCGCCUCUCCUUCCGCCGGGGCUGCUCGUUGGCGAUCCAUGCCCGCUCAGCCCAUGGGGCACGGCUGAGCCCCUGGGAGCGCCAGGCCCUGUUGCGAGGGGCUCCUGCUGCAUUCCAGGGCACCACCCUCGGCUUCCUUGAACCAAAUAUCACCACCGGCGGUGCGGACCUCAGCGCUGGAAUGUUUUCUGGAUGGGUGAAUGUAAAAGAGGAGGAGGAGGAGGAGGAGGAAGAGAGCGGCCCCCCUGGAGGACACAAGCCACCCCAUGCCAAAGAUUUGAGGGCUGGAGGCGCAGCCUGGGCUGUUGUGGGGAAGGAAGAGGAGACCCAUGAAGAGGAGGAGGAGGAGGAGGAAGAGGAGGCUGAAGGCCGGAAGGAAGAUAAGGAUGGACUGAGGCCUCUCCUAGACCAAAGUUCCUAUGGCCAAAGCCCAGCCAGGUGCACGGAUGUCCUCAAAGUGCCACCGCUGGGGACAGCCAACAAGGUCAACAUUGGGUUGGCCAACAGUGAGGUCAAGGAUGAGUUCAGUGGCAUUGCCAGCGCUGGGUUGGCCAACGAAGGUUUGGCCAAUGAAGGCGCCAACAUUGGGCUGGCCAACGAAGAUGCCAGCAUUGGACUGGCCAAUGAAGACACCAGUGUCGGGUUAGGCAGUGACAGGGCCAACCCCAACGCUGGCACAGUUGCCAUUGGCUUUGGGGAUGACUACACUGCCCUGGCUUACCCCGGCCUGGCCCUGUCCAGUCAGAUGUCAUUGCUCCAUUCUCGCAACUCUUGCAAGACCCUCAAGUGUCCCAAGUGCAACUGGCAUUACAAGUAUCAGCAGACCUUGGACGUUCACAUGAAGGAGAAACACCCAGAGAGCAACAGCCACUGCGCCUAUUGCAGUGCUGGUGGCCCCCACCCACGGCUUGCCCGAGGCGAGAGCUACAACUGUGGCUACAAGCCUUACCGUUGCGAGGCCUGCAAUUAUUCCACCACCACCAAGGGAAACCUCAGCAUCCACAUGCAGUCCGACAAGCACCUCGCCAACCUCCAGGGCUACCAGGCCAAUGUUGGGGGCGGGUCCCAGGUGGGGCCCCCGCCCACCCCGCCUGCCCCUGUCCCACCCACCCUGGAUGAGAAGGAGGCCAAGGGCAAGAGCUCCUGGCAGUGCAAAGUCUGUAGCUAUGAGACCAGCAUCUCCCGCAACUUGCGCAUCCACAUGACCUCGGAAAAGCAUAUGCAGAAUGUCCUGCUGCUCCACCAAGGGCUGCCCCUGGCUCUGCCUGGGCUUUUGGGGCAGCCUGGCGGGGGCGGGGGAGGGAGCAAACAGAAUGAGCUCUUCCAGUUCUAUGGGACCCAGGCACUGGGCCAGCCCCACCCUCAUCAUGGCCACCUCCACCAAGGAGCCCCUGGCGCUGCCUCUGGACUGCGUGGUGACCCACCACUGGAGGCCUCUCACCUGCUACUGAAUGGCUUCCAGACGCUUGGCUCAGCCGGGAGGAAGGGGCCAGUGUCAGCACCGGGCCAAGUGCCCCCCACCCCAACCUCUGCCCCCGCCCCCACCCCCACACCAGGCCCGGCCCCAGCCCCCUCCUCAGGGGCCUGGGCCCGGCGCUUCGGGUGCCUGGUGUGUGGGCGCUUCGGGGCAGACAGCGUGGAGGAGCUGCUGGGCCACGCCACGGCCCCUCGCCGCCUGCCCGAGGCCGAGUGGAAGGAGGUGGCUGGGGACCUCCACCGCUGCCGCCUCUGCGCCUACGGCACCCAGCUCAAGGCCAACUUCCAGCUGCACCUCAAAACUGACAAGCAUGCCCACAAGUACCAGCUGGCCGCUCACCUACGCGAGGGGGGCGGGGCCGGGGCGGAGCCCCCCCCCAGCCCGGCCCCUGGCCCCGGCCCCACGCCCCCGGCCCCACCACCACUGCACCUGCGCUGCAACCUCUGCGACUAUGAGACCAACGGCAAGGACAAGAUGCGCCUGCACGUGCGCGGGGCCGGGCACCAGGAGGCCGAGCGCGGGUACCAGUUCCUGCUGGAGCUGGAGGCCGCAGCACCGGGCCCUGACCCCCCGCGCUUCCACUGCGGGCUCUGUGAGGCUUCUGCGCCCUCCCGCCUCGCCCUCCUGCGCCACCUCCGCUCCCCCCGGCACCGCCAGGCCUUGGCCCAGCGCCGGCCCCCCGACGAUGGCCUCCAGGCCCAUGUGCACCUAGCCCCAGCCCCGCUGCACCCCACCGGGAAGGACCUGACCUCAGAGCCACCACCCACAGAGAAGGAGGUGCCUGGCAAGGCCCCGCCCCCUGGAGUGGAGGAGGCGGAGCCCCAGCGCCUGGCGGGCGGGGAGACCUCCAGCACGGUGUUUUGCUGCCCCUUCUGCAGCUUCGUGAGUGCAGCAAGCGAGGUGGUGCGGGUCCAUGCCACUGAGCAGCAUGGGCUGCAGCCCAACUAUCGCUGCCCACUGUGCCAAGAGCAGCUGCCCGGGCGCCCGGGGCUGCGCCUCCACCUCGGCCACACCCACAGCGUCGUGCCCGAGUGCAUGGAGCGACUCCUGUUGGUGGCUGUCGCAGUUGAGCCAACCUUUGCCACCAAGGUCCUGCCUGCCCCAGCGCCCGUCCCUGAGCCGCAAGCUGCCCCUGAAGGAGAACCCAGCCCUGGAGUGCCACCCACUGGAGACCCCGCCCCCACGGCGCCCCCACUGUCUGCCCCAUCCCCACCUUCUCCUGCUGCCGACUUGCCCUCCCAGCCCCGCCCGGCUUCUCCCAGCCCCCCAAGGCCCGACGAUAGUGAGGAGGAAGCUGCUGGGGUGCCCACCCCCACGGAGGAGGCACCAGUGGUGGUGCCAAGGGCCCCCGAGGCCACCUCAGACCCACGUCACCCUCUGUCCUACCGCAAAGCCACCAACUUCGCACUGGACAAGUUCCUGGACCCAGCCCGGCCUUUCAAGUGCACCGUGUGCAAGGAGUCCUUCACCCAAAAGAACAUCCUCUUGGUCCACUAUAACUCCGUGUCUCACCUGCACAAGAUGAAGAAAGCCUCAGUGGAGCCUGGCACUCCUGGGGGGCCUCGAGGUGAGUCCGGCCCGCCCGGUGCCCCCCAGCCAGCAUCGGAUAAGCCCUACAAGUGUGCCACCUGUCGGGUGUCCUACAACCAGAGCUCCACCCUGGAGAUCCACAUGCGCUCGGUGCUCCACCAGACCCGCUCCCGUGUGGCCAAGGCCGAGGCGGCUGGGAGGGCUGAGGUGGGAGAGCCCGAGGGGCCCCUGGAGCCGCCAGCCGAGGCAGAAGCCCCCAAGGUGGCAGAGGCGGUGCCAGUGCCCUUUGCGGCGCCCCUCUUCUCACCCCCCCUGCUGCCGCCUUUCCCUGUGGUCCCAGAGUCCCUCCUUAAACUGCAGCAGCAGCAGCUCCUCCUGCCCUUCUACCUUCACGACCUCAAGGGGGCACCCAAGCUAGCCUUGGCUGCCACUCCUGCCCUCACCCUGCCAGCUCCAGCCCCGCCCCUGCUGCUGGGCCCCACCCCCAAGGAGGACCUGCCCCCAGCGCCCGGUCCAGUCAAGCAGGAAGCAGCAGCCGAGGAAGAUGCCAAUGGGGAAGAUGCUAAUGGGGCCGCCAAGGCCUUGCUAGAGAACUUUGGCUUUGAGCUGGUCAUCCAAUACAACGAGGGCAAGCAUGGCACGGGGGUGGGGCCAGGAGGGGCAGGGCCACCGGCAGCAGCAGUGGCACCCCCAGUGACAGCGCCAGCACCGCAGCCGCCAGCUGAGAGGUUGCGGUGUGGGACCUGUGGGAAGCUCUUCUCCAACAUGCUCAUCCUCAAGACCCAUGAGGAGCAUGUCCACCGGCGCUUCCUGCCUUUUGAGGCCCUGAGCCGGUAUGCCGCCCAGUUCCGCAAGAGCUACGACAGUCUGUACCCACCUGCUGAGGGCCCAGCGCCCACUGAGGCCCCGCCCCCUGCCACUGCCACCCCCUUGGACUUCCCGCCGCUCUGCCCGCCCUUCCUGAUGCAGCCCAUGGUGGUGCCACCAGCCGGGCCCAGCCCUGAGGUGGCUCCAACAUGGGGCCUAGCUGAGGGGCGGUGGGUGCGGGGAGAAGAAGAGGAGGCUAUGGCGGGGGCAGAUGGGGCCCGUGGGACUGCCUCUAGCCGCCGCUUCUCCCGCACUAAAUUCACUGAGUUCCAGUCCCAGGCCCUGCAGAGCUUCUUUGAGUCCAGCGCCUACCCUAAGGACGGCGAGGUGGAGCGUCUCUCAGCCCUCUUGGGCUUGGCCAACCGAGUGAUCGUGGUGUGGUUCCAGAACGCCCGGCAGAAGGCUCGCAAGAGUGCAGCUGAGGCUGGGGUGGGAGCUGGAGCAGGAGCUGGGGGCCAACCCAGCUGCAAGAAAUGUGGGGCUGCCUUCCGUUGCAUCUUCGAGCUGGUGAAGCACCUCAAGAAGUGCUAUGACAACCAGCCCCCAGUGGGCACCCAUGAAGAUGAGGAAGAUGCUGGUGAGGAAGAGCAAGAGGAGCCUGAAGCAGAGGAAGAGCCUGAGCCACCACUCGGGGAGGAGGAGGAAGAGGAGAUAGAAGAGGAUGAGCGGGAUCUGCCAGCAGGCACCGGAGACACUAAGGAAGAUGGGCCAGCUGGGAAUGAUGCCCCUGAGUCGGCAGUUGAAGACUCCCCAGCACUUCCCGGCACCCACGGCUCCACCCUACCCACGCCACCAACACUGCUGCCUUUUGGGGAUGGUUCCCGUGGCCCCUGUGGGCCCCUCAAGAGGAAGCAUGAAGACGGAAGCCUGUCACCGGGCACAGGGAGCAGUGGGGAAGGGGAGUCCCCCCGGGACAAGCGCCUCCGCACCACCAUCUUGCCCGAGCAGCUAGAGAUCCUCUACCGCUGGUACCUGCAGGACUCCAACCCUACCCGCAAGAUGCUGGACUGCAUCUCUGAGGAGGUGGGGCUCAAGAAGCGUGUUGUCCAGGUCUGGUUCCAGAACACCCGGGCCCGGGAGCGCAAAGGACAGUUCCGCUGUAGCCCAGGUGCCACCAGCCCAGCCAUCAAACCCACGCCGGUGAAGUUCAGCCCCACCCCUAGUGCUGGGACCCCCAGUCUUGGCUUGGGGGCCCUCCCCACAGCCCAGCUCCCUCCACCACCGUUGAAAGGGGAGCCAGAGGAGCCCGAAGCCUGCAGCCCAUCCGGUGGGGAGCUGAGUGACUCCUCCUCCUCCUCCUCCUUGUCAUCCUUGGGUGACCCAGAGUCGCCAGGUGGACGGGGGCGGGCAGUAGAUGGAGGCACUGGGGCUGGGCCCGAGGCUCUGGGCCAACGCCGGUACCGGACCCAGAUGUCCAGUUUGCAGCUGAAGAUCAUGAAGGCCUGCUAUGAGGCCUACCGCACACCCACCAUGCAGGAGUGCGAGAUCUUGGGGGAUGAGAUUGGCUUGCCCAGGAGGGUCGUCCAGGUUUGGUUCCAGAACGCCCGAGCCAAGGAAAAGAAGGCCAAAGCAGCUACCGGGGAGGUGGGGGGCAGCACUGAUGGGCCGGCUGAGCCGCGGGCAGCCUGCACAGUCUGCGACGUCAAAUAUGACUUCUAUGUGUCUUGCCGGGGACACCUCUUCUCACGGGGGCACUUGGCCCAGCUCAAGGAGGCCGUGGCAGCCCAGCUGAAGAGCGAGAGCAAGGGCUUUGAGGGGCCUGCAGCCCCUGCCCCCACGCCAGCACCCUUCACCCCAGCAGGGUCCCCCACAGCUACGGCUGCCCUCUCGUCCUCUUCUGCUGCCCCCCUGGGCUCCACGCUGCCAGGACGGUCCUUACCUCAGCACCUAACACCUGAAGAGCCCCAGCUCACCCCCGCCCCAGACACAGCUCCAACAGCCUCCGGGGAGGCCAACGUCAAAGUCAAGGCAGGACUCGCCGAAGGAACCCACCCCAACAUUGCACCUGUUGGGACUGGCCCAGAUGCCCCUACUCCUGGAGCACCUGUGGCCAUGGUGCCACUGCUGGGAGUCUCCGGUGCUGCCGGGCCUGACCCUGCCUCACCGGCUGUGGCUCUCAAAGCCCUCAAGGGAAUGAAGCCAGCAGUCCCAGCACUCCUGGGAGCCCAGUUCCUCCCAUUCCCAGUGCCAGCAGGCGGGACAGCACCGGCCUCACUCUUUGGUGGCCAGCUGCCUGGCGCCUACUUCCAGCAGCUUUACGGCAUGAAGAAGGGGCUCUUCCCGGUGAACCCAGUCGUACCUCAGACUCUCAUCGGCCUCCUGCCCCCCAGCCUCCUCCCGGCUCCCGAGCCCCCUGGCGUCUCUACGGUGGAUGUGGCCCACCGGUACCUUUGCCGCCAGUGCAAGGCAGCUUUUGACGGUGAGGAGGCGGCCGUCGCCCACCAGGCAGGCUUCUGCUUCCUGGGUCGCCCGGCUCCAGCCCCGCUCCGCCUCUCAGUGUGCACCUACCACUGCCUGGCGUGCGAGGUGCUGGUAAGUGGGCGCGAGGCGCUGGGCGCCCACCUGCGCUCCAGCGCGCACCGCCGCAAAGCUGGCAUGGCUGGGGGAAGCCCCCCUGGCCCCCCACCACCGCCCACCUCGGUAUUUGCCAAAGAGGAAGCAAAAUUACCUCACUCGGACCCCAGCCCGAAAAGGAACUCUACCUCGACCACACUUCUAGCUUUAUGAACAGGAUGAUGGACCCCCUCCCCCUUCCUCCCCCCCUGCACUGGAGAGGGGAGGGGGGCAACUGGGAACUCCCUGCCCUCCCUUGCCCUGGGAUAAUGCCCACUGCCAGCUCCCCCAACUCUUCCCCUUUCCCAGAGCACCCAAAGGCACCCACAGGUGAGGCUCCUAGACAUGGGGGGACACCUCCCCUCUGUAUCCCGGCCCCCUUACCCCACCCAUACCAACCACGCCAGGGAAGGGCUCUGCGUUGGCUCUCCUGACUCUUAUGUGGCUUCCUCACAUGCCCGUGACACAUGCCCACCCCCACCCUGGAGUCUUCCGCCCCUUCCAUAUUUAAUCCAGCUGCAGCUGCAUCCCCUGGGCUCUCUGUCACUGUCCACAUGGCCAUCUGGGUCAUGGAUGUCCCCUCCUACACUAACCUUCCCCUGGCCAGCCUCCACUCCACCCCACUCAGACCUACCCUCUUGUAGCCAAACCUCCACCCUAGUCUGUGUCCCUCCCCCUGUGCCCAAUGCACCCCACCAAUCUACCUCCCCCACCCCGUUAUUGCCUGCCCUGUCACCCACGCCCCGUACUGUGCUACCAACUGAGCAAGGCCAAAAAAAAGAUGGACAGAACACAAGAAAAGAACUGCAAACAAGGGAGAGGAGCCCUCCCCUCCGCUUUCCCCUCCCAACCCCAGCAUGCUUUGCCAGCCCCUGUCCCACCCUGUAUAGAACUCAUGGGGUUGUUGGAUGGACAGCCAGACCCAUGGAUGGACAGUGGUUCAGACAACAACUCAACAGGGGAAGGCAUAGGAGUGUCUGCUGUGCCCCAGCCUCCUUUCCCCUCCCCCCCCGCCCCACCUCUUUCCUCAUUGCUAAUGGCUCCUUUGAAAACCAACAAAAAAUAACCGACAACCACCUCGCUUUACACCCCCGUUGACCUCCUGCCAUGGUGCCAAGGGGAGGAAUGGGACAACCGAGACUUCUCUUCAAUGGCUUUAACUAAACACCCUCCCCCGAGUAUCUCCUCGUCCUCCUCCCUCACCCGGCAGCCCAUGUGGCAGCCACCCGUUCCUCAUGCUCGCCAAAACCGAACCAGAUGAAGACCACAGAAAGGAAAGCUAAUAAAACUGUCUCUGAAAUCCAAAGCUCUUUGAAAUAAACCCAACUGCAACCAAAAAAAAAAAAAAAAAAAGGCAACACAAAAGGAGAGAGAAAAAAGAAAAAGAACAAAAAAAAAAAACGCAACAUGAACAGUCACAAGAGAUGAAUAAAAAACCAACAAAGAAACAGCAUAAACCAACAUAAAAGCAAUGAAAACCAACAGAAAACCCAACAAGUAAAUCAAUAGAACCCAACAGAAAAUCCAUCAAAACCCAACACCAAGCAACAGGAAACCCAAGAAUCCAACAGGAAACCCAACAAAAUUCCAACCGAACCCAACAGAGAGCCCACAGGAAAUGCAACAAAACUCAACAGGAAACCCAACAGACCCUGCCCCCUCCCCGAAAAACCAACAGAAACACCAACAGAAAAAAAACCAACAAAAAAACAACUAAAAAGCCCCACAAAAUAAACUAACCAUGAACUGAAAGAACUAGAAAAAGUUAAAAAAAAAAAAACAACAAAAACUUGAAGGACUGUGAAAACAAAUGUCAAAAAAGGGGGAUUCUUUUCCUACCCGCUCCCAUUGACAUUUUUAUUUCCCUUUUCUCGUUGGUUUUUAACAAUGUUAUUUUUGGGGAUCCUCUCAUCAUCACUGAUGAUGUCUCCUAAUGUUCCCUCCCCCCCGCUUCCCCAAAGACAGGAAAAAAGGAUUAAUUUAUAUGAUGGAAAGUGGAUCUGACCCCUCUCCCCACCCUUGACACUGCCGGGAAGGGGAGGAAAUUCAGAAAUAACCAAACGAACUAUGAACUGGGCUGGAGAACUCAAUAAAACUUGGGAUUUCCCUCCCCCCCGCCCAGGUUUCAGCCCCACCUUCCAAAAGCCCCCACAUCCUUUGAAAACCCCCCUCAUCCCCAGGACUGACAGACUUUUGUUUGUUGUGUAUUUAAAGAAAGAGAAAGUAAAACAAAAAAGAGGGGGGGAAAAGAAAAAAAAAGUUCCAAAAAAAGGAAAUAAAAUGGUAUUUAAAAAAAUGAUAAUAAUUAUAAGAAGAAUAAGAAUAAAGAUUGACAUGAA